AAAAAGAUGCCGUGGAGGAGGACAUCACAGUAGGGAGGGAGAGAGAGAGAGAGAGGGCGGCGCGUCCAUCCCACGCGACUCUCCCACACAAAUACCCACCACCAUUGCUUCGCCAUCACCAGUUCACCACCACCCAGCGCCAGCGGCUGCAGCUCAGACCUCAACCUCAUCAGAGGCUCCUGCCCCGCCGCCGAUCCCGUCCUGUCUCUUCCCCGCUGCGGAGCCGUCUCCAGCCCUGCCCGCGCAGAUGGCGAACGCGGCGUCAGGGAUGGCCGUGGACGAUGACUGCAAGCGCCGGUUCCUGGAGCUCAAGGCCAAGAGGACCCACCGCUUCAUCAUCUACAAGAUCGACGAGAAGAAGAAGAUGGUGGUGGUGGAGCAGGUGGGUGAGCCUGUGCUCAACUACGAUGACUUCGCCGCCAGCCUCCCUGCCAACGAGUGCAGGUACGCCAUCUUCGACUACGACUUCGUCACCGAGGAGAACUGCCAGAAGAGCAAGAUCUUCUUCAUCGCCUGGUCUCCUGACACGGCGCGCGUGAGGAGCAAGAUGAUCUACGCCAGCUCCAAGGAGAGGUUCAAGCGGGAGCUGGACGGCAUUCAGGUGGAGCUCCAGGCCACCGAUUCCGCCGAGGUUGGCCUUGACGUGAUCCAGGGCCGUGCAAACUGAGGAAGGCCAGCAAUGAACUGCCGCUGCCUGAGCAUGAGCAUCAUCAGUUUCAGAUGACUAAUGUAAAGGAUAUGGGCUAUGUCAACUGCAUCCACUGGGCACUGCAGUGAUGAAACAAUCAAUCUACCCCGUGUUCCGCGUGCGUGUUCGUCAAAGUUCUGCUAUAGCUUGGUCAUGCUUGCCAUGACCAGCAACUUUCUGAUGAUGGCAUUCUAGUAUUCAGAAAUGCCCUGUGAUACUGUUUACCUUGUGCUUUCUCAAAACCUGGAUGAAGGAUGCUGAGGCUGAAGUUUGAACAA